UUUUUUCCCCAGUAGAUUAUAGAAAAUCCUAAAGUAAGUUUUUAUGGCAAAAGAUAAUUAUUUCGAUUCGAAGGGAUAGACGGUAGAGAGUUCAAAAGUCUAAGCGGAGGGACCCUCUCAUCACAGCCCCUUCAACCCCACUUAGUAAUUAUUCAUUUUUACUUUAUAUGACCUUAAAAAUCAUUGAUGUUACGGAGAAAAACAGUGGUCGACUGAAAACAUGUCAAGCUAGUAAUCAACACUGUGUUGUAUUCCCUCUAGAAAAGCAAACGAAUCAGGGUUAAAUUUGGUGGUCAGAUUGCAUUUUUUAGUGGAAUCUGAGUUCUCUAGAAGCUCUGAAAUCUGAAUGGAGCUUGGAGCUACAUGGAGGAAAAGCAGGUUUUCUUCGUACGAGAGAUUGGUGGCCAUAGGCCUGGCCCUUCUUGCUGUGCUUUCUCCGCUCUACAUUGAUCGGAGAGAGGCGGACGAUUCAGAUCUCAAUGAGGCCUCCAUAAGCUUGGUCUCUUCGUUGCCUCUUUUGCUCUUACUCCUGAUCUCGGCCAUAGCCUUGUCCCUCUUCUUGGACAGAAGCUUCACCAGGUUUGAUCCUUACUGGAUUCACAGGGUUGGUGGUUCUUCUUGUGGGAUUCUUGUAAUUCUCUUGGUUCUGGCUCUGGUUAUCAGUCUAAAGCAUCUCUAAGGUACUUGGACGGAGUUUCUGUUCAACUGGUAAUUAGGAAGAAUAAGUGGCUUCCUAGUUUUACAAAUCGUAUUUCUUGUAUCUCUCUCUUUAUCAAGUUUUUAAGUUCUUUGUUUCUUCCCGUUUGGAUUAAAAUACAAAGCCCUUUUAGAUCUAAAGGUAACAAAUAUUUCAACUUUUAGAUAUUGCUGUAUUGACUCUUUCUGUGGACAUGUUUUCCGGGAAUUAGUCAUCAGAACUCGCGCAGUAUUUAACUUGUUUAAGCUUCUUUAACCGUUUCAGAGUCGUUGUACUAAAGUAAUUUGCGCGUGAUUAAGAUAAUCACAAAUCACGACAAUCUGUUUAUAAAUCGUGAACUU